AAGGCCAUCAAGAUCAAGAUCAAGAUGAAGAGACCGCGAGUAAUGCACUAGAAGACAUGUCCAUGAAGAGAUAGUCAGCGUUAGCUUUGUGGUGCUGGUGUAUUGCCACGAUGGAGUACAGCGACUCAGAGGAGGCAACGAUGGAAGGCUUUUGCUUCCACUCCAUUUCUCACAACAUGGAAUUGCAGAUACUUUUCUUGACUGAUCAAGGCAACCCGAUCUCGUUCAGCACGAAGGAUUUGCCUUACCGGAAACAAGUGGACGAGGCCAUUACGAAUAAUGGAGGGGAGGUGACUGAUACUCCUGGCCACUACACAGUGUACCUGGUAUCUAAGCCAAAAUCAGGAAAUAGGACAUUAAGCAUGGAACCCCUCUACAAUACCUUCUCUGCUGAUUACAUCUGGGAUUCUAUUUGUAAAAAAAAAAAAUUCAGCCACUGAAGGACUAUUGGAUCCAUCAAGUGUUGGAUUUCGAUGAUGAAAGAUUUGAUCCAGACUGUGUGGUGCUUGACAACCUUAGCUGGGAGGAUUGCAAGAAGCAAGUGACUAUGAGCCCACCAAGAAGAGUCCCUGAAGUGGAUCCUCAUGAUGAACUUUUCUACAAUGAUGAUAUCUUAAUACAGCACAGCUAUCCUAAAUCCAGACAAUCUUACACACACAAGGAGAGAGUGAAAAUUUUGCAGUACAUUAAGAAAACGAGUGGGUACAACAAGGUGAAUGGAAAUGCAUUAUGGAAAGAAAUUGAAGAAAAAGAGGUGUGUCCAAGGAGAACCUGGCAGUCAAUGAGAGAACAUUUUCGACGCUAUAUUGUUCACCACCUUGAACAGUUUCCCAGCCACCUCACUGAUGGGCUCAGGCAUCCAUCACCAUGGUUUGGCUUCACUGGAAGACAACUGUCUUUAGUUUCUAGUACGACAAAAAAUAAGAGCAUAGGCAUGGAGCUGGAUGAAGAGGGGGGUCAUGUACAGCAUGCAAGAAGAAAGGACAAAAUUGUGAAUCUCCCUCAAGGGCAAACAAGGGAAGGAAUGGAAGAGGAGGGGGUGAGAAAUAAUAACAAAAAGAGAGACAAAUCACAGGCAACUGUAGACACUGAGGACUGUACAACAGACAAGAGAGUAAACAGAACGUUUUUUACAUUUUGUAGCCAGGCAAAUAAUAGAGAUGAAAAAGAUGAAGACAAACAAGAAAGCAUAUCUGUUGUACAACAGCUGAGAGGAAAAGGUGAAGGAAAGGACAAAAAACAAGAUGAAGGUCAGCAGAUAUCAGUUUGCCAUCUCCAAAAUAAUACAAAAAAGAAGAAAGAAAACAGUGAUGAUGAAAUAAAUUUACAAGAAUCAAAUUCCCUCUGUAACAACCAGGCAGAUAAAAAAGAGGAAGUACUUAACUUUGAGAGGCAGGCUACAACUAAGGAAAGUCAAGGGUUUAGUGUCAUCCACCUGCACUCCCAAGUGUUGGGAGCAGAUGAGAGGAACAACAGCAAUACUCAAAGCAAUAUGGUGCAGCAACAUGAGGAUGAACAGCAGGAACCUGACUCAUCCAUUGGGAUCCUUGAAAAUUCAGAAGAAAACAUCAGUGAUGAAGAAGGUACAGCAGUGCAACUAAAUGCAACUUCCAAUUCAAGCAGUGCCUCAGAAAUCCUCUCUCCAUCUUACCAGCAAGAGCAGCUUUCAGAUGUUACUCAUGAGAUGGAUCCACAGAGCCUUGUGAUGAACAGUAAUACCUCCUUGUCCCCAGAAAUUCCUUUGUUUGACAGUAAUAUGAGAGGAAGACUUUCUCCUAUCCAAAGUGUGACAAGGAAGGACAACAAUAGCAAUAAAGUACAUGUCAGCAAGAGAAAAGGAAAAAAAAUGGUAAAGGAAAAAUUGCUGGGAAAAGAAAUGCUUGAGUCCUCACAGCAUAUGGAAAGGAGUGUCACAGUUAAUCAUGAAACGAAAAUGACUUAUGAUUACUUGUCAAAGAAAGAAUCUUUUACAUCGUUAAGGAGGAAGAUGGAAGUCCAGAAUAAGGAAGAAGAGGUGGAAGAGCGAGAGGUAGAGGCAGAAGAGAAAAGAAAAAAAGAGGAAGAUGAGGAGGAAGAAACUGAAAUAAGUGAGGAGGAGGAGGUAGGAGUAAAAAAGAAAGGAAAAAAGGAAGAGAAGGAAGAGGAAGAAACUGAAGGAAGUGACUUUGAGAAGGAAAUAAAAGUAAAAAUGAAGAGAAGAAAGGAAAAGAAAAAAAAUGAAGAAAGUGAGGAAGAGGAGGAUAUAGAUAUAAAACAAAAGAGAAAAAAGAAAAAGAAGAAAGAGAAGGAAGAAGAAAUUGAAGAAAGUGAGGUUGAGAAAGAGGUAGAAGUGAAAAAGAAGAUAAAGGAAAAGAACAGAGAUGAAAAAAGUGAAGAAAGUGAGGAAGAGAAUAUAGAAACAAGAAAGAAGAGGAAAAGGAAAAAAAAGAAAGAGGAGGAAGAAACUGAAGGAAAUGUGGAAGAGGAGGAAGUAAAAAUAAAAAAGAAGAGUAAAAAGGAAAAGAAGAAGCAGAAGGAGGAAGAAACUGAAGAAAGUGAUGAAGAGGAGGAAGUAGUAAAAAGAAAGAGGAAAAAAAAGAAGAAAAAGAAGGAAGAAACUGAAGAAAGUGAAGAAAAUGAGGAGGAAGAAACUGAAGAAAGUGAGGAAAGUGAAGAAGAGUAUGUAUCAAGGAAAAGAAGAAUCAAACAACAAUCAUGGCAACCAUCAGUCAGAGAGGCUGCAUCUUCAACCUCUGUGCCAUCAGUCUCCAACACCACUACUGUUGUGAUACUACUAGCAUCACACCAUAUGACUUCUCUCAUGGACUUUUGGACUGAGUUGAGAACCAAAACAAAGAGUUCCAUCAGUACAGCAUCUUGGCCAUGCCGAGAAGUUGGGGACUCUGCUGAGCCACUGCCCAGGCAUCCAGCACACAACAAACAUGAUCACAGAAACUAUACUGUUGACAAAUAUACUAGAGCUUGUAGAACUUUUACAGUUCAAGAAGAUCUUGCUAUCCUCAAGUACAUUGAAGAAAACAAUGAGUAUAGCAGAGUUGGAGGAAAUGCGGUAUGGAAUGAAAUGUCCACUUGUUUUACUACUGGGCGCACUGGGCAGUCUCUCAAAGAGCGGUUUCGCAAACGCAUCAUGACCAACCUACAGUCAUACAUUGGUCAUGGAUUAAGUAAUAAAAGCAUGUUAAAUCUCGAGAGGAGUGUUACCAUUAAGACAGGUUCAGACAAAUCUAAAAAGCAAGAGAGUCUGCAAAUGCGGAGACAGCAGAAGCAGCCAGGAGAUGUGUUUACCUCACCCAUAAUCUAUGAAAUGAGGAGCCACUGCCAGCAACAUAGGAGCAGCAAGAUAGGGAAUGAAAGCAAAGAAAAAGGAAUAAAGAAAACAAGCAAACAUGGUUUGAAUAGGAAGCAAUGGAGAUGCACAAACAAUUCACAUGAUACAGGAUUCGAGGAGUCUGAGACUGAACAGGAUCAGUGGAUGGCAAGGCAAUAUUGUAAUGAAAAGAAGCACCAACAGCAACAAGAUCCUCAUUCCGACAUUAAUGAAGAAGGUGUCUUGAAAGGCAGAAUGACAAGGAAGAUGAUCACGACCACAGAUAUACAUGCAAAAGUGAAGAAAAGGAAGACUAGUGCCUCAUUCAAUAGAAGCUUCCCCACUGACUCAAAUGACUUUGAGAUAUGGAAAAAGAAAGUCUUAAGGAAUGCACUAGGGAAUGGUAGUGUGUCUAAGGGUUCUUAUGUUUUGAAGCAAAAGUCUCCAGAGUCCCCUGUUAAUUCCCCUCAACCCACCACAUCUAGAAAAAAGUGUUCCCUGAUACAUACCCCCUCAGAGAAAUGUCAGCUGCUUGAGUUGCAGAAAGACACCAUGCAUGUCUCAAAGACAUAUUCUUGUUGUCCUUCUGUGGACUUGAGAGGAACAAAGGUGCAGCAACAAAGUAGUCAAAGGAGGGGUUCUGUGCAACAAAAUACUAGAUCCAAAAAACAAUGUAGACGACAGAUUAUGGAACAAAGGGCUGUUUUAGAAAAUUUAGAUGACAGUGACACCAAAAUGGGGGAAUGUGAUGAAAGUGAGGUGAUAAUAAGUGACAAGUCAAAAACUUCUACUAGACUUAGGGACGACUCAGAUGAUAGUGUCAACAGUUAUCUGUCUGAUUUGAGUAAUGAAACCCGUGCUAUCCUAUACAGGCCAAAAACACUUUGUGAGGAGGAGGAGGAGGAGGAAGACGAAAAUGAAAAUGAUGAGGCUUCUGGUAGCAGUAGUUGGCUCUUUGACAUAGAGUCUGAAUCUGAAUAGAUAAAUAAAUAGCUAAAAUCAUUAUGACCAAUUAUAUGUACAGUAAUAAUAAAUAAAGGCCUCUUCCAACUUGUCAA